UAUGUAUUUGGCGUCAGUCUCGGGCUGACAGCAGUGUGCACGCGGAAAGUAACGAACGGAUCGCGGGAGCUUGUGAGAUCGCAUCACAUUUUCAGGAUGAAGUCUUGUGUCGUGUUAUUCCUCUUCUGUCUGCAGAUGUACCGGAGCACAGACGCGUGCUCGUGCGGGAUGUCGCAUCCGCAGGACGCGUACUGCCACUCGGAAAUCGUUAUCAGAGCAAAAGUUGUGGGGAAGAAGCUUCUGAAUGACGGCCCCUUUGGUACCCUACGCUACACCAUCAAACAGAUGAAGAUGUAUAAGGGCUUUGAUAAAAUCCAGCACGUGCAGUACAUCUACACGCAUGACUCUGAGAGUAUGUGCGGAGUCAAGUUUGACAUCAACAAAUAUCAGUACCUGAUCACAGGUCGCGUUCAUGAUGGUAAGGUCUACACCGGACUGUGUAACUUCAACGAGAGGUGGGAACGUUUGUCUAUGGCUCAGAAGAAAGGCAUCAAUCAUCGCUAUCAGCUGGGCUGUAACUGCAGGAUUAAACCAUGUCACUAUCUGCCCUGCUUUGUGACCUCUAAGCACGAAUGCCUAUGGACGGACAUGCUGUCCCACUUCGGUUACCCAGGUUACCAGUCCCGUCACUACGCCUGCAUCCAGCAGAAGGAGGGAUACUGCAGCUGGUACCGGGGUACGACCACCCGAGAUAAAGUGACCAUAAACGCCACCGACCCGUGAGCUCAUGACCAUCAGUCCCAUUCUCCCCCUCAACCACAUUCACACAUCAAAACACAAUCAACACAAGUCCUGUCCACACAUGGUAGCGCUUCUGGUGCUAACUGCGAUUACAGACACAGAAACCAUCACAAGAACACAGACUGAAUGUCAUCCAGUGCAUCGAUGACAUUGAUUAAUGGAAAAUUCACAUCAUUAAUCUGCAUAAUUCUUCCAGUAAACACCUGUUCUGUGUGAGACAUGUGAAUUCAUUCAGAAAGAUUAAAUAUAUUAUAAUUUAUGAAGGCAAUAAUCCAUGAAUCUUGUUAGUAAUGUAUUACAUUUUAAAAUAUAAAAUAACUGCUAUUCUGUAUGUACUCAGAUAUAUAUAUAUAUAAAUGUGUAAGAUUUAUACCGUAUUUAUGAAUCGUCUCUGUUUUGCUCCGGAUUGUGCUGUAAUGUUCGUUUCUGCAGAUUUAUAUGUAGAAUGUACAUGUUUCAUUAACCACGGCAGUUAUUAUAGAUACUGUAUGAUGUAGAACUGUAAAAUGAGCUUUACAGCACAAGUUCAGAGUCAUGGAUGCUUUUAUUUUCUGUUUUUUUCUUGCCGUUUAUGAUAUAAGCUAUUUUGUUGUGAUUGAAUCAUCGCUUAGUAUUUUUUUAUUACAUUAAAGAAGAAAUUACAGAUAAGACUUAUACAUACUUCAGAUUAAUGUGUUUGUAUUACAGUUUUAUCCCCACAUGAAUUUAAGAUAUUUCUACUGCCAGACCCAUUUUCCUGAAGAGAAAAAAUGUGCCAACCUUAAGUUAUUUUCUUAAACUCUGAGGGUACAUGACAUGAUUCUGUUAGAUGAUAUUGCCCCAAAUGAACAGAGUAAAUAUGUGUAGAUCUUGACAUAUAUCUGAUAUAAUAAACUUAAAAAGGUUUUUUUUUCCACUAAACUCAUGUUUCACAUCACCAAUGUUCUGCUUCAUUCCUGCAGUUGGAGGCUGAGAUGAUGAUGAUAAAAAUGUUUGUGUUUGAUGGCUGGUUUUUAAUAACAUUAUCAUCUUCUCAACCUCUAACACAUGUUUUUAUAACAUGUAAAUAUUCUGUCUGAUUAAUACCGACAUCCAGCUGAAAUCAAUCCUGUUGUGUGUGUGCACAAUUCCAUAAAGUGGAGACCAUUUUACAAUUAGGGCCUUUAAAGAAUGUUUUGAUUUUUAAUUUCUGUUUUAUAUUUUUAUAAUAAACAUUAUGAAAACACA